UCCGCACUUUAAAAAAUUAUUAAGGGCGUCCGUCCGCCGCGGGAUGGCGGCUCUGAGGAGUUGGAUGACUCGGAGCGUAACCUUUCUGUUCAGGUACGGACAGCGUUUUCCUGUCUCUGCUAACUCUAAGAAACGCUGUUUCUCAGAAUUGAUAAGACCAUGGCACAAAACUAUGUUGACUGGAUUCGGUGUGACACUGUGCGCCGUUCCUAUUGCUCAGAAAUCAGAGCCUCAGUCUCUCAGCAACGAAGCACUGAUGAGGAGGGCUGUGUCUUUGGUGACGGACAGCACCUCUACCUUUCUGUCUCAAACCACGUACGCACUGAUCGAAGCCAUCACCGAGUAUACUAAGGCUGUCUACACGUUAGUGUCUCUGUACCGACAGUAUACAAGCUUGCUGGGGAAGAUGAAUUCCCAGGAGGAGGAUGAGGUGUGGCAGGUGAUCAUAGGAGCCAGAGUUGAGAUGACUUCAAAGCAGCAGGAGUACUUGAAGCUGGAGACCACGUGGAUGACAGCAGUCAGCCUUUCAGAGAUGGCUGCGGAGGCUGCCUAUCAAACUGGAGCAGAUCAGGCCUCUAUAACCGCCAGGAAUCACAUCCAGUUGGUGAAGUCGCAGGUGCAGGAGGUGCGCCAGCUCUCCCAGAAGGCGGAAACCAAGCUGGCGGAAGUGCAGACACAAGAGCUGCGCCAGAAAACACAGGAAGCGAGCGAUGAGGCGGACCAGGAAGAGGAGGCCUACCUACAAGAAGAUUGAGGGCUCGAGCCCAGUGCCCUGUCCAUCCACUCUGUGGGGAAAGCAGGUGCAUGACAUCCACCCAGUGACGUCCCAACUGCAGAAGCUGACAGGUUCUGCCAUUGACAGUCAGACCAGAGCCUUUGCGAGCUGCGCCAGGCCCCUUCUCUCUGCUCGCAGCCUCUCUGGGCCUGGCUCUGCACUGUCCCUCACACAGCUUCUCUCUUGAUCUUUUACCUCACUCCCAAAGCACUUCACCAACCGGGGCCAAUGGAGGAGGGGCCUUUUCUGCCACACCCUUAGGUUCAAUAGCUGUUUAACUCCAGUUUUUACUGUUACUCAGAUGUUCAAGUAUGAAUUACUGCUUGCUCCUCCACAGGGAAGCUUGUCUGGUUUGUAACAUUUCUUUGUGUUUAUAAUGUCCUUUCUCCCUGUGAGCACAGCUCAGCUAAGGCGUUACUCAGUGUGAACAGUUCCCCUGGUGCUCCCCACAGCACCUUCUCCAACACGUGCUUCUUGUUCGUUCCUUUUUUGAAUUUCUCUGCUGUAUCCAAAGGAAGAGAAGUUUGGUGUUUGCAUUAAAAAAAAAAGUCUUAAAAAA